ACAUUUUCAGGUCAGAUCUGUUAUUGCAGAACUGAGGGAACGAUUUCAAUCACAUUCAAUGAAGUCAUAUAGGUUUCGGUUCCAGAGAAUCUAUGACCUGUGCAUGAAAGACGAUACGUCACCUUUUCCAGCCAUAGAGCAACUACAGCAGUUUCCACAUCUACAGCAGUGGCUUGGUCUUGCAGUUGCAGGAACUGUGGAGCUUGGGCAUAUUGUUGAGUCUCCAGUUAUUCGGACAGCUACUUCAGUUGCUCCUCUUGGAUGGAAUAGAAUACCUGGCGAGAAGAAUGGAGAGCCCUUAAAAGUUGAUAUCACUGGUUUUGGAUUGCAUCUUUGUACGCUUGUGCAUGCCCAAGUGAAUGGUAACUGGUGUUCAACAACAGUGGAAUCCUUUCCUUCAACCCCAACUUAUUCUUCAAAUUAUGGGGAAAAGCUGGAACUACAAAAAUUGCGGGUCUUAGUUGGAGCUCCAUUGAAACAGCCACCAAAAUAUCAGAUGGAAGCAGAUUCAAUGAUGUGUGUGUUUUCUUCUAUUGAUUCCAACACAGCUAAUCUUAAUAGGGAGCACACUUCAGGACCAUUUGAUGAGGAAAAGUCCAUACGUUCUGAAGGCUUAAGUGAAUUUUUUAUAUUUUGUACCAGUGACUUUACCACAGUCUCUAAAGAGGUCCAUGUGAGAACUCGCAGGGUGCGAUUACUUGGUCUUGAGGGAGCCGGAAAGACUUCCCUUUUUAAGGCAAUGUUAUCCCAAGGCAAAAUUACCAAUAUUACCAAUAUUACCAAUAUUGAAAAUCUGCUUCCAGAAACUAACGCCCAAGAAGGUAUUUCUCGGGGUUUAUACUUCUGUGAUUCAGCAGGAGUAAAUUUACAGGAGCUGAAUUUGGAGGCCACCCGUUUCAGAGAUGAACUACGGACAGGAAUUCGUGAUUUGAAUCAGAAGACCGACUUGAUUGUUCUUGUUCAUAACCUGUCUCACAGAAUACCACACUUAAAUCUCUCAAAUGGAUCGCAGCAAAAGCCAGCCCUUACACUUCUGCUGGAUGAAGCAAAAUCUCUGGGAAUUCCUUGGGUCCUUGCCGUAACAAACAAAUUUUCUGUCAGUGCUCAUCAGCAGAAAGCAGCAAUUGAUGAUGUUGUCCAGUCAUACCAAGCAUCUCCAAGUACCACUGCCGUUAUCAAUUCCUGUCCAUAUGUCAUGCCAAGUGCUGCAAGCACUAAUUUGUCAUGGGGUGCAACCACUGGAGAUGCUGAUGGAAGGAUGGGUGCUCAAAGCUUAUUGUUUGCUCCCAUCAAUUUUGUUAAGCGGCCUUUCCAGAAGAAAGAAAUCAUUCUCCCAGUUGAGGGUGUCAACUCUCUUCGUCAAGUAGUCCAUCAUGUGCUUCGUAGCCACGAGGAAGCUGGAUUGCAGGAACUUGCAAGAGAUAGGCUUUUGGUGGAAGUGGCACGAGAGCGUGCAAUCGCCAUGCGACGUGAUUCUCAAGCCAAGUCAAAUUCUCUUACAUCUGCAGCCGUGGGUGCUUCCCUCGGAGCCGGUCUUGGCAUUGUCUUGGCUGUUGUCAUGGGUGCCGCAUCCGCCUUGAGGAAGCCUUAGAGAACUCACAUCCCCGUAAUCUAUGCGAUGCAAUCCGUUGUUUCAAGUUAGUAGUGGUAAUUACAGGCCAUUUUUUCAUUUUUGUUGCUCUUAAAUUUAUUUGAGUUUACAAAAUAGGUCUUCUUGUAGAUGGGAAAUGUCCUCCCGAAUACUUUUUAAUUUCUUUUAGCUUGUUUUGCAUGUACAGAUAAAUUUAUUUUGAUAGAUUGUACCUUGUUUCUGAUAUUGACUAUAUUUCUCUGAAUAUAACAAAAAAAUCAUUGACCAA